AUGGAUAUGGCGUAUAGAGGUUUUAAGAUUAGUCGCAGGAAAAUCGAGUAUAUGGUUCUAAAAGUGGAGCAUGCAGGUAAGGAUGUCCGGUUGCUGGGCGAAAAACUGAAAAGAAUUGACACUUUCAAAUGCUUAGGCUCCCAUGUGUCAUUAGAUGAGGCACUGGACGAAGAAAUAAGCCAUAGAAUAGAGACGUUGGUGAGACCAGCUAUAAUGAGCGGGGCAGAAAUGUGGCCGAUUAAAAAGGACCAGGAGAGGAGACUUGAUGUGGCGGAAAAGCGUAUGUUGAGGUGGAUGUGCGGAGCUGGAAGACUAUGCCUGGGUUUUAACCGACCUUUAAGUGGAGGUACUGAACUUUUAGCUGUGAUCCCUUGUGCAUCCCUGAUAAGGGACACCAUACUUCCGAUUCAAUUAUCUCAUGUUGCAGCGUUUUAA